AUGAAUAAAAUUCACCAUUCUCAUAUUCAUAGAUUGCGUACUCGUACCCAUGUGACUGUUGCAUGUACAAACUGUAGACGACUAAAGAGGAGGUGUAGUGGAGAGCCCGUAUGCACAAAUUGUGCCAAUCGAAGUUUUGAAUGCAUAUUUGUUAGAUCCGGAAAGAAACGUGGAAGAAAAUCGCAAAAACCACCUUACACUAAUGGAUCUGAUGUAUCUGCGCAUGAACAUCCAUCAGCUCCGAACAUGAAUAAUGAUAAUAAUGGAACAUUCUUUCCAGUGUCACAAAAUGUUCAAGGUCAUUUAACCAUAGAUCCCUUUCAAUUUAUCCGUAACAACGACCGACAAACUCCGAAUGAGAAUUUAACCUAUGGAAUCGACGGAAUUAAUGUUGCUGAUGGUCACCCGACACAAUACGGUUUUUGUACUGAUUACAUUAUGAUGAACAUCAAUGAACAUCGAGAUUUAUGA